AAAAGAAAUUUUUCUUGCUUGGUUUUCUAUGAUACUUUUGUUUAUUUUUUUACUUUAACUUCUUCACAAAAAUUAGACCAAUCUCUCGACGUUUCACACACAACAUUUCACCAAACUGAUAAUACACGUAAUACUUCCCUCUAAACUUUUACUCUGAACUAUAUAUCCUUGAAAGACGAAUUUGUGAGUGAAAGUGGAAUCCUUGAAAGGAAUAUUAAAACGCUGAUUUAUAUAGAGAGAGAAAGAGAGAGAGAGAGAGAGAGAGAGAGAAAGCAAUAAAAAAAGGAAGAAAAGAGAGACGGGGCAACUUAUUUAUUUCAGGCAUGCGCACUCCAUUUUGACCAACAUAAAAUCAAAAGAGUUACGCUAUUAUAUAUACUAUGUCAUUACGUAAUGAGACAAUUAAUAUAAUAAAAUCUGUUGAUUGUAGCAUGAAGACAAGAGGAAAUACACCAAAAUAUACUGAGGCAUUUAAUCUUGAGAUUUGAUUUAAAGACUAGAAGACUUUCAAGUUGCCACAACAAUGUCGAGUUAUUUCAUUUUGUCGCUCCACCUUGUGUGUUGUAUUUUAAUCCUCGUGACAACAUCGAAAGCAUUAUCAAUUUUAUUAAUAGAGCCUUUUCCAUCGCCCAGCCAUCAUGUCUGGACGACAAAUUUGAUUAAAGAAUUGCUUCGAAAAGGCCAUCAUGUACAUGUAAUAAGCACACAUGAGACUAAAAUCAAAGAUAAACUUGCGCAGAACUUGACGUACGAUGUAUUCGAUGGUUUGAUGAAAGCAAUAGAAGAAUCUGAAGAGGAUUAUAAUCCGGUUGAAUGGGAACAGUAUAGCGCACUCUAUAUGAUGUAUUCUACAUAUCAAUGGGGAAUUCAUGCAUGUGACACAGUGAUAAAAACUAAAGAAGCGAAAAAGCUAUUGGAAAUGAUCAAGACUGUCGAGUUUGAUAUUAUAUUACAGGAUAUUACAUUAACUGAAUGUUUAUACGGAUUGUGGGGGAUUGCAAAAGGUAAACCACCCAUAGUAGGAUAUAUUCCGUAUAGCCCUGCACCUUGGCUCAAAGAUCUUAUCGGAGGUCCAAGUUAUCCAACUGUUCGGUCUUAUGCAUAUUUAUCAAUUGUGAAACCUAUUGGUUUGUGGCAGAAAACAUGGAAUGCUGUAUGUUUUACUGUUGAUGAUUUCAUACGACAUUACUAUUACUUGCCUAUUAUGCAACGGCUUGCUGAGAAAUACGUAGGCCAUACAAUUAGACCAUUACAUGAAAUAGAAAAAAACGAUAUUGAUAUUGUACUACUCAAUAGUCAUCCUGCAUUCGAGUAUGGGAUUCCAUUGUCUCCGAAUAUUUUGGAGAUUGCAGGACUAAAUGCUCAGGACGUAAAACCGAUUGAUGGCGAAAUAGUCGUAACAUAUCCCGAGGAUAUGCGCGCAUUCCUUGAUGGAGCAAAAAAUGGAGUCAUCAUAAUAUCGUUAGGAACAAACGUAAAGUGGAAGUUUAUCGGAUUAGACAAAAUUAAGUUUGUUUUAUUGGCUCUAUCGAAAAUAAAACAACGAGUAUUAUGGAAACUAGAUAUUGAAGUGCCUUUUGAAAUACCGGACAAUUUGAUGAUUGUAAAAUGGAUGCCACAAAGCGAAGUUUUAUCUCAUAAAAAUGUCAGAGCAAUUUGGACUCAUGGUGGUCUUCUCAGUGCACAGGAAGCCAUUUGGAAAGGUGUACCAAUGAUUGUAAUGCCUUUCUAUAUAGACCAAAAGUUAAAUGCACAAAGAUUAAUAGCUAAGGAUGUGGGAAUAUACUUAGAUAUUAAAACAUUGUCCACGCAUACUGUAUUACAUGCAGUUGAAGAAAUACUUUACAAUGAAAGAUAUACAAGAAAUAUGAAGCAAUUAUCUAGUGAAUUCCGAGAUCGACCGAUACCGCCGUUAGAUUUAGCUAUUUGGGGCAUUGAAUAUGCAGUCCGACAUCCAAAUGGGACUUUAGUAACUCCACUUAGAUAUCAAAGCUGGAUGGAACAAAAUUUAAUCGACGUUUAUGCAUUUUUAUUCUUUAAUUUUAUUGUAAUAUUGUUAAGU